AAGGGGGCGCGCCCGGCUUAAAGCAGCGCGUUGUCCUGUGUUGAUGUGUCGCAGAUUUAAAAAGUGAGGGAGGCAGGCAGCUGGAGUUUGGCGAGAGGGAAGUGCGGAGGCUCGGCGCUCAAAACAAAGAGUUCCGGAGCGGGAGCGAGCGGCUGCAGCGACACCUCCGAGGGUUUCCCCCCCUCGUCCUCACCUACUAGUUUCAUUUCGGCUCUUCGGCAACAACAGCAGCGCGGAUCCAGUUUGUGUCCUGCUCGGAGCGUGUGGAGGAGCGCGCAGCGAUGGAGCUGUCAUCGAUUGGAGACCAAGUGUUUGCAGUCGAGUCAAUAACGAAGAAGAGAGUGCGAAAGGGUAAUGUGGAGUAUCUACUGAAGUGGCAGGGAUGGUCCCCAAAGUACAGUACUUGGGAACCAGAGGACAAUAUUUUGGACCCGCGCCUGGUCCUGGCCUACGAAGAGAAUCAGGAGAAGAUCAGAGCUCUGGCUUAUCGCAGGAAAGGACUCAGACCCAGGAGGCUCGUCCUGCGGAACCUCUUUGCCAUGGACCUCCGCAGUGCCCACAAGGAGAAGCCGCCGCCUCGCCUGCGUCUCUCUCUCACCCGUGCCAUGAGCACAGACGUGGACCAGGUCGAGCGGGGCGGCAUGUCUCUUCGGCCCGCCUGGAGGAAGAGGAGGCAGAGGGUGUCCAAACGGAGGUCGGAGGGAACUUCACACAAAACCCUCCGUCCACUGAGGAAGAAGGAGGAGCCCAUGGAGGAGGAGUGGGACCCCACCAGCGAGGAGGACAAGCAGGAGUCUGAAUGCACCACCGAGGAGAGAUGUGAAGACAGCUUAUACGGUCAGUCGGAGUGCAGCUCCCCACCCCUGCUGGAGCGACAGGACUUGGAGGUGGAGGAGAAGGUGGACGCUGACCUGGACCGAGCAAUGGAGACGUGGACCGACAAAACAGGCGGAGGGACAUCCGUAACGAGACAGAACCAGACAUUUGCGUGCGACCAAUCAAAGGACACCGCCUCGGUGCCUGAGGCCGAAGCGGGCGAUGCGAUCGCAGUGGGCGACGGGUCAGAUUGGUACAGGUCGGGCGAGGAGGGCGCGGAGUCGGUAACGGAGUGUCCCACAUUAGAGAGGUGCGUCUGUCAGACCUCAGUGAUAGUGUGCGUUCAGGGGAGCGGCGAGAUGGCGGUCGACGCCACCGUCUGCUCCGCUGCACCGGCGGGGAAGGAGGAAGCAGAGGGUGACAAUCGGUUGGUCAGUCAGGCUGCUCCCGCUGCAGCAGAGCAUGCUAGGAAGGUGAUUGUGACGAACGUGACGAUCAACUCUUUGACGGUGACUUUCAAAGAGGCCACAGUGGCUGAAGGCUUCUUUAAGGGAUACUGAAUGGAGAUCACAACAACCAUAAUUAGACUUGCCACUCAUUUUGUACGUGUAAAUAGUCGUGUAUGUGAGAUAUUUCCACAUGUUUACAUAAACUCAUUUCCUACUGAGUUCGAUGAAGACAUCCUCUGCCUUUCAAUACAAAAAUGAGUGGUAAUUUUAUCAUUGUGGCUCAUUUAUUAGGUGUGAUAGGAAGCCCGAGGGCCCCCCGCAAUGGGCUCAGAUCAUCCAUUGCAAUCCAGGGGACUAAAUGGAUCUCAGUGGCAGGUUUCAUUCGUGGGGCCAGAAGCGGUUUACCAGAAGCUGGAGACAGAUGGUGAGACAGCAGCUGAAGCGAAACGUUAACAGUCCACAAUACUACUUCCAUGCAGCUACUUUUAUUCCAGCCAUCCUCAGUGCUUUCCAGCCAGACACCGGUCUCUCACUCCCAGAUCACUGCUCGGGGGGCAGGGGGGGGCCGUUUCAGCCACUCCUCUUUCUUACCAACGAUGUUUUGUAAAGAUACUGCUCUUUUUUUUUUUUUUUUUUUUUCCUUUUUCAGUAUUCUCACAGAGCCCAACGCAUGCCCUGUCAGUUUGUGCCACACAUGCACAAAGCCCUGUCCUGUGGUUUGUUGAAGAGGUUUAUUUCCGUCACAAAAGGAAUAAAAACAAAGCGAGAGAGUUAACGCCUGCCGCUUAGAUGCAGUCCUGUAUUUCAAGGAGGAUGGAUGCACAAAAAAGAAGUACACAGUUGUGUUUGCCGUUCGUCUGUCUGUCUGUCCUUUUACUUUUCAAGUAUGAAAAGCUACCUGGUUCUAUUUUUGUAUAACCAAUUGAUAGUACACUCUUUUCACUAGCCUUUGUGCAUUUCAAAAGUGCUGAUGUCACGCUGUGUAAGGUAACGUGCAGAUGGAAGCAACUGUAUGUUAGGUCAGACCGUAGUGAGCUAUUAUUUAUUGCAUGUCACAUGUAUAAGCAAACUAACUUAUGUCACUUAAUGUGUCAGUGAAUCAGUCUUCUUCUGACAAAGAUGAGCUGUCAAACAUGUCUUCUCUUAAAAAAUAAAAUUAAAAAAUGAAUUUUUAUUUUCAUUGCAUUUCCAAUAAAGAUGUACAAAAACGUA